UCCGCCUCCACUUCUCCUUCACGCCCCGCCUUGCCUUCAUCCUCCUCCUCUCCUCCAUCUCUCCUCGCCCCAGCGCGCGCGCGGCAUCGCCGUCGAGCUACUUACUCGAGCUUCAGUUCCAGCUACUGGAGCACGCAGUUCAUAUUAAUACACAGCUUAGCUGUACCAAGCGGCAUCUUGCACGCUAGCUAAACUAGAGGAACUCGCUGCGCGCAUGUCUCCAAUAAUGGCGCUCCAGGCAUCGUCGUCGUCGCCUUCCGCGUUCCGUGCGGUCCCGGCCACCGCCAACGCUUCCUGCCGGCGUCAGUUCCAGGUGCGCGCUCAGGUAGCCGGCGGCAGCAGCAGUAGCAGCAUCGGAGCCGAUGGUGGGAAGAUGAUGGUUUCCAAGGAGCCGGCGGCGGCGGCCACGUCGUCGGGACCGUGGAAGAUCGACUUCUCCGGCGAGAAGCCGCCGACGCCGCUGCUGGACACCGUGAACUACCCGCUCCACAUGAAGAACCUGUCGAUCUUGGAGCUGGAGCAGCUGGCGGCGGAGCUCCGCGCGGAGGUCGUGCACACCGUGUCCAAGACCGGCGGGCACCUGAGCUCCAGCCUGGGCGUUGUGGAGCUGUCGGUGGCGCUGCACCACGUGUUCGACACCCCGGAGGACAAGAUCAUCUGGGACGUGGGCCACCAGGCGUACCCGCACAAGAUCCUGACGGGGCGGCGGUCGCGGAUGCACACCAUCCGCCAGACCUCCGGGCUGGCGGGGUUCCCCAAGCGCGACGAGAGCGCGCACGACGCGUUCGGGGUCGGCCACAGCUCCACCAGCAUCUCGGCGGCGCUGGGCAUGGCCGUGGCGCGGGACCUCCUGGGGCGCAAGAACCACGUGAUCUCCGUCAUCGGCGACGGCGCCAUGACGGCCGGCCAGGCCUACGAGGCCAUGAACAACUCGGGCUACCUGGACGCCAACAUGAUCGUGGUGCUGAACGACAACAAGCAGGUGUCGCUCCCGACGGCCACGCUGGACGGGCCGUCCAAGCCCGUGGGCGCGCUGAGCCGGGCGCUGACUAAGCUCCAGUCCAGCACCAAGUUCCGGCGCCUCCGCGAGGCGGCCAAGUCCGUGACGAAGCAGAUCGGCGGGCCGACGCACGAGGUGGCCGCCAAGGUGGACGAGUACGCGCGCGGCAUGAUCAGCGCCUCCGGGUCGUCGCUGUUCGAGGAGCUCGGGCUCUACUACAUCGGCCCCGUGGACGGGCACUGCGUGGAGGACCUGGUGACCAUCUUCGAGAAGGUGAAGUCGAUGCCGGCGCCGGGGCCCGUGCUGAUCCACAUCGUGACGGAGAAAGGGAAGGGGUACCCGCCGGCGGAGGCGGCGGCGGACCGGAUGCACGGCGUGGUGAAGUUCGAGCCGGCUACGGGGAGGCAGCUCAAGUCCAAGUCCCCGACGCUGUCGUACACGCAGUACUUCGCGGAGUCCCUGAUCCGGGAGGCGGAGAGCGACGAGAAGGUGGUGGCCAUCCACGCGGCCAUGGGCGGCGGCACGGGGCUGAACUACUUCCAGAAGCGGUUCCCGGAGCGGUGCUUCGACGUGGGCAUCGCGGAGCAGCACGCGGUGACGUUCGCGGCGGGGCUGGCCGCGGAGGGGCUGAAGCCGUUCUGCGCCAUCUACUCGUCGUUCCUGCAGCGCGGGUACGACCAGGUGGUGCACGACGUGGACCUGCAGCGGCUGCCCGUGCGGUUCGCGCUGGACCGGGCGGGGCUGGUGGGCGCCGACGGGCCCACGCACUGCGGCGCCUUCGACGUGGCGUACAUGGCGUGCCUGCCCAACAUGGUGGUGAUGGCGCCCGCGGACGAGGCGGAGCUGAUGCACAUGGUGGCGACGGCGGCCGCCAUCGACGACCGGCCCAGCUGCUUCAGGUUCCCGCGCGGCAACGGCGUCGGCGCGGCGCUCCCGCCGGGGAACAAGGGCGUGGCGCUGGAGGUGGGCAGGGGCAGGGUGCUGGUGGGCGGCGGCACGCGGGUGGCGCUCCUUGGGUACGGCGCCAUGGUGCAGGCGUGCCUCAAGGCCGCGGAGGCGCUGAAGGAGCACGACGUGUACGUGACGGUGGCCGACGCCCGGUUCUGCAAGCCGCUGGACACGGCGCUGAUCCGGGAGCUCGCCGCCGAGCACGAGGUGCUGAUCACCGCCGAGGAGGGAUCCAUCGGCGGGUUCGGCUCCCACGUCGCCCACUACCUCAGCCUGACCGGCCUCCUGGACGGGCCCCUCAAACUGAGAUCCAUGUUCCUGCCGGACCGGUACAUCGACCAUGGCGCACCGCAGGACCAGAUCGAGGAGGCAGGGCUGACGCCGCGGCACAUCGCCGCCACCGUGCUGUCCCUGCUGGGGAGGCCAUUGGAGGCCAUGCAGCUCAAGUGAACGACGACGACGACGAUAACGACGACCUAGCUUCACCAUCACCACCAACAGAUAAAUAAAAAGCAAACCAAACCAAGGCGUUUGUACAGUACAGGAGAUGGGUCCAAGGCCUUGGGCCGGCCUGUUGGCACCGUAGUAGCAAGGAUAGCAAAUGCUUCCAAACGCAGGCUGUCAAGUGCAGGUGGAUAUGUCUUUCUCCUAGCCAGUGACGACAUAGAGCAUACAUCUGCGCGGGCGGUCCCACAAGUCAGCUGAUCCUCUGCUAGUUUUUUUUAUUUUUAUUUUAAAGAACGUCUUUUUGUAUAGGAUGCUGCAAGCAUGUACGCAUGGUACUAGCUACAAGCAUAUAUAGAAUAACAAAUCAAAAUUCAUGUGAUGAUAUA